AUGUCCAACGACGACAACCCCCCACGACGCACAGGUAGUCCUUGGGCUCUUCCUUCAAACAACGGCCCCCGGAUCGGCCGCGUUGGAUCUUCAGGUGGCCGCCGCAUUGCAACGCUUGGCGAUAUCGGCGGCGGCGGGCCCUCCUUGGGUGGUGGCGGCCAUGGUGGUCCCAGCGGGCACGGGCACGGACAUGGAGACGACGACGAAGAAGACGAGGAGGAGGACGCUCCUGGGGAGCGUGGUGGGGAGAAUUGGUAUGCUGGUGGUGAGCGCAGUGGAAUCUCGGUCCAGAACCCCGACCGUGGAGGUGCUCCUGGAGGUGAUCUCGUCCGUGACCUCCUCCGGCGUGCCCAAGAGGCGGGUCCACCCACGCCUCCGACUGGCGGCGGUCGACCUCCACGAAGCUAUGCGUUUUUCGGCGGCGGCCACACCCUCGGCAGCGACGAAGUCGACAGCACCUUUGUUCCGGAUCCGAAUGCUGCUCCCCCACAACAAGAGGGCGAGACUGCCGUCCGUCAUCUUACUUUCUGGCGAGAGGGGUUCACGGUUGAAGACGGUGAGCUCAUGCGGUACGAUGACCCGGCCAACGAGCAGAUCCUGGCUGAGAUCAACUCUGGACGUGCUCCACCUCAAAUUCUGAAUGUACAGCCCGGCCAGCCCGUCGAGCUCUGCGUCGUCAAGCGCCUCGACGAAGCCUACGUGCCCUCCGCCCGCGCACAACAAGCCAAGACGUUCUCCGGGCAGGGUCACCGCCUAGGUUCCCCUGUGCCUGGUAUCGUGGGCGCAGGCGAGAGCAGCGGCGCGGUCCCCGGAGACUUCCCUGUCGCGAGCGGUAGUGGUGGUGGUAGCAUGGCUGCAAGCAUCAGCACCCGCUUCGAGGUCGACCAGACGAAGCCAACUACAAACAUCCAGAUCCGGCUCGCGGAUGGCUCGCGGAUGGUGGCGCGGAUGAACCUGACGCACACCGUCGGGGACAUCCGCAACUACAUUAACGCAUCGCGCCCGGAGAACCACGCGCGGGCGUAUGCCAUAAUGACGACGUUCCCGAACAAGACUCUCGAGGAUGACAACCAGACCAUCGAGGCCGCCAAGCUCGCGAACAGCGUCAUCGUUCAGCGUUGGGAGUAG